GGACUGCUACGAGGGCGCUGGUACUUUCAAUCAAUGUUUGCCUCAAAGUGAAAUCCCAGGGUGGUUCAAAUCUGAAAAUAUUGCUAGAUCCUCAUCAGUAACAAUCCAGCUACCUCUAAAUUUGUAUGACAAUCCUGAGUGGAUGGGAUUUGCAUUUUGUGCUGUUUUCUCAUUUCAAAAGCAUCCUAUUUCCGUUCAUAUGAAAGAUUCAGGAUUUUCUUUUAUCAUCGUUUGUCAUUUGAAGACCAACUUGGGUUGUAUGAAUCCAUUAUAUGGCAUCAGUGAAGAGGACGUAAUAAUAUCAUCACAUCAACGGGCAUUCCUUUGGGUAUCAUUCAUUCCAUCUGGGUUUCUUUCACCCAAAUGGAGUCGAUGCACUUCGGUUGAAUUCUCAUUUGUGAGCGAUAAUUCGGAUGUGUCGGCGCUAAAGUGCGGGGUCGAUCUUGUAUACCGGCAAAAAUUGGAAUUUACUCGUAUAAUGGUACAAUGCAUAACCUCACACGAUGGUCCUUCCACAUCGUAUGAAAGAUUUCCCUUUUAUCAUCCUGAUCAAUUCAGUGGCAGUGACGGCUCUAGGGGAACUUCUGGUCACUAUUCUUAUGACCAAUUCUACAAAACUGCCGCCUUGGACCGUUAUAACAAUCAUAGUAUUUUCGAUCAAUGUAUUCUUCAAAGUGAAAUCUCAGAGUGGUUCAGCCAUGACUCGCUACCGUCAGAUUUGUCACCUAAGUUUGACUUUCAUCCAUCCACUUUGUAUAAUUUUUGUUUCCCUCCAAGUAAAAUUCAAGACUGGUUUAGUCAUCCGAAUCAUGGACACUCAGUGACAAUUGACCUACCCUCAAAUUUGUACCACGAUAGUAAUUGGAUGGGACUUGUUCUGUAUGCUUCUUUCUCCAUCAAUGGGGAUCCAAACAUCAUCUUUAGCAAUCUGGCAUCGGGAAAAUCUCACUUCCUAUAUUGUCAAUGCCAAACGAGUAUGGCUAAUGUUGAUAAUCAGAAAAUUGCUUUCUCCACCAAUAAAGAAGAAAUCACGUGGUUACUUAAUCUAGGUGAAUUCAUUUGGAUAUGCUACGUACCAGGAAAGCCAUUUAAGAAUAUGUUGCGACACUGCAGCCACAUUGAGGCCUCAUUUGAGAGUGAUUGGUUAGGCGUGAUAGUGCAGAAUUGUGCGUUACAACUUUUGUACCAGCACGAUCAAGUGCAGUUUGAGCAAGAACUAAAAUACUGCAACAAAUUGAUUUCAGAGAAUCGACAGCUUGUUUGUAAACAACAAGAGGAUAAAAAAAAAAAAAAAUGAACAAUACCAUGUUGAUAAAGGACUUCAAAGAAAAAUCUUUUCUAAUAUUGACUUUGAAGUUAAAAUAUUUCCAAGGCUAAUUGAUCAACCGGAGACUAAUGAUGAAACUGAGAUUCAACUUGGCCAAAG